AGCUGAAGAGCACACCACACCUUGUUAGUGGUGCACGAUCGAGAGAGAAAGAUCGAUGAGAAGGUCGAUCGAGGCGAUCCACGUCCGCACCGACUACGAUGAUUGCAGGAGGAAGGGUCACGGUCACGGCGCCAUGAGGAUGCAGGACGAGCUUGCCCGCACCAAGACCAGGUGGCCCACCCCCGCCCAGCUUGAGAUGAUAGAGAGAAUGAAGGAGGAGGAGGAGGACGACGAAAUUGUAGCGUCGGACAAUCGGACGCCAUCCGUGGUGGAGACGAAGGUGCAGGUGCCGGAGAUCGUCGAACAGAACGUCGUUGAAAGAGAUGAGCGGCUGCGCACCAGCGAUGACAACGACGACUACGAAGACGAACCCAUAGUGAGGAGAGACGGGCACGGCGGCGGCGGCGGCGGCAGGAGGGCGUACGGCGACAUCGGCGGGUACCACGGCAGCAAGGGCAGGUGGCCGCGCGAGCCCGAAGUGGAGAAGCUCGAGAGGGAGAAGGAGAUGCUAAAGUAUGGCAUUAUGUCCAAACCGACCACCACCAGAAAGGUGAAGAUCGUCCACAGGAUGAUCCGGCCGCCGAACCAGUAUGGCGCCGCCGGCAGUGCACCACCACCAACAGCAGGAGGAGGCCACCAGCCAGCUACCAGUAGCUACCUACGGCCCAUAUACUACCACUACUAGUACAAGAUAGUUCGUUCGAUCAUCCAUCUUAAAAUAUAGCAACUUAACGUUGAAUCAUACGCAAUCUAAUACUAUGAAUCUGAAUUGAUGUUUUUUAGAUUCGUAUAUUUUAGAAUGGAGUGAGUAUAUAAUAAGAAGUUAAUGGAUGCAUAGACGCAUCUAGGCAGAUAGCUAGCUUAGCUAGUGUAUGUAUGUAUGCUACUGUGUGUUCAGUGUGUACCACCCGAUCGAUGGUUAUAUGGAGUAUUCUCCUAUUGUAAUAUAGACUAUGAAUGUUAUACUAUACUGUAUAUAUGGUUUGGUUCGGAUUAAGACUGUUAA